AUGAUUACAGUGAGCUCAGAAUCCUCUACUUCUGCUUUCAAGUGGGUCAACGAGAUUGAUUCGGAUUCCAAGAGCUAUGCGGUUGUUUUUGACGCGGGGAGUUCGAGCGAUAGAGUGCACGUGUUUUGCUUCGAUCAAGACUUGUCUCUCCUUCCCGUUUUCAACGGCACCGAUGUUGAGCUUUUUGCUAAGGUAAAACCAGGUUUGAGUGCAUAUGCAAAAAAUCCACAAGCUGCAUUGGAGUCACUUGUCCCCUUGCUUGAGGAAGUCGAAAGUGCUCGUUCCUAA